AUGGUCAGAGCUAGAUGUCAAGGGUUAAGAGAACAACAAAUGGGAGGAUACAAAAAAGUUUAUUGUAAAGAGAGGAAACUCGAAGAAGGUUGUAAAGUUAUUUCAAUUGAUGAAGAUGCACCCUAUCCAGAUUGUUGUCCUAAAAUAGAGUGUGGAUAUAGUUUCUAA